CGCGUAAAGGCUAUGGCGAUAAAAGUAUGGAAUUUCUUAUUUAUUAUUUGUGCGUGUGCUCCCAAUACUAUAGGAAUUGAUCGUAAAUUCUUACGGAUACGUCCGGCGUUACGAUACACGGAUUCAAAAUGCCGAAACAGAGUUAAAAUGACCGAUAUGACUGAAUCAGCACUUUUAGUGGAAGAUCCUAGAAAACUUAAACUAAAUCCAUUGAAAGAUUUUGAUUCAAUAUUGUCAGUGUUUCUCUUUGGCAAUAAAGCAAACGAAGAGAAAGUCGAUGGAGUAACUGGACGCCUAGGAGUAGCUGGGGUGCAAUAUGCUAGUGGAAAUUUUAUGAGAGCCGAGUUGUUUCGCAACGUGACCGGAGUCCACAAGCCGAAUCUGGACUACAUGGUAGCGGGACAGUUCCGUCUGAACCUCACCAAGGACCGCAUGCAGACAGCCGUCAACGCCUUCUCCAUCUUCAUCGAUGGCAACAUGAACGACAUUCUGCAACUCCCGCCGAAAUAUGUCCUCAAUUCGGCCCGUACAAUAGCCAUGUUGAAGAUAGCGCAGGAGAAGCUGGCGGCGACCUGGACGGUGGUGAAGAACGGGAGGCGCCCCGACCGCAUCUCACACGCUACGCUGGAGGCCUACCGACCGCUAUUCAAGUAUGUCAACGGCAGGGAGAUCGCGCGGCUUAACCUGUCCGACAGCAGGAUACUCAAGUACAUCGGGACACAUCCUGAUCUUACGCGACAUCAGGUGGGCGUUAUCGCUAGCAAAUACAUAAAAAUGAACAAAGGUUGGACGAGUUCGAAAUAUCUUAACCAAAUGAAUAAUUUGCUGUGCGGAGUGCCCAUGCUUCACAUGCGUAGAUUGGAGCCAAAUACUUUCUUGCAACUGUCACAUCAGGUUUUCUACCACAUUCAUGCUUGCGAUCCCAUACAACGAAGAUUUUAUCUCAAAAUGAUGACCCGUACGGAGGCAUUGGGAAGGGCGUUUAGUUGGAGCGCUCGCGACGUGGCGCGGCUGGGGCUUCUCUUGGCUGAAGUGUCUGAAAGUGACCUGACGGCCAUCAAACCACAGGCAAUGGCUGGAAUCACUCCUCAAGUCAUGCUGGAGAUACCUCCAAAGAAUUUGAAGUUUAUAUCAGAGGCUCAGAUUCAGUACAUCGACCAGAAAUCCCUUAACAUAAUGGCGAAGAAACUGAAGGCUUACCACGACAUGAUGGGUACAAGUCAUGCAAAAUAUUUGCGACUGAAAAAAUGUCUACUAAGUUUCAAUUUCUUGAUAUUAUUUAUGACAGGAUCUGGUUUGUUAAAGUUCUGAAAUAAAAUAUGCAAUGGAGUAUUUUUA